AAAAUUAAUUAAAUACCACACAUAUCCCGACGCUGAUGGUCCCACUACCUUUUAACCACCAAAAAAGUAGGCGUCGGUCAAUUCUAUCUUUGUGCGUCUGUCAUUGUGCAAAGUGUGCGGAGCGGAUAACUAAAACCAGCUCGUCUUACAUAUUUCCAUAAAAGAUAAUAAUCUAUCUACAGCAAAAUGUGUGACGAAGAGGUUGCAGCUUUGGUGGUCGACAACGGAUCUGGAAUGUGCAAAGCCGGCUUUGCCGGUGAUGACGCGCCUCGUGCUGUCUUCCCCUCGAUUGUGGGCCGUCCACGUCAUCAGGGCGUGAUGGUUGGGAUGGGCCAAAAGGACUCUUAUGUGGGCGAUGAGGCGCAGAGCAAGCGUGGUAUCCUCACUCUGAAGUACCCUAUCGAGCACGGAAUCGUGACCAACUGGGACGACAUGGAGAAGAUCUGGCAUCACACUUUCUACAACGAGUUGCGUGUCGCUCCAGAAGAACACCCAGUCCUGCUGACUGAGGCUCCUUUGAACCCAAAAGCCAACCGUGAGAAGAUGACCCAGAUCAUGUUCGAGACCUUCAACACCCCUGCCAUGUAUGUGGCCAUCCAGGCGGUGCUGUCUCUCUACGCCUCCGGACGUACUACCGGCAUUGUGCUAGACUCUGGUGACGGUGUCUCCCACACGGUGCCCAUUUAUGAGGGUUAUGCCCUUCCUCACGCCAUUCUACGUCUGGAUCUGGCCGGCCGUGAUUUGACCGACUAUCUGAUGAAAAUCCUUACCGAGCGCGGUUACAGCUUCACCACCACCGCCGAACGCGAAAUCGUGCGCGACAUCAAGGAAAAGCUCUGCUACGUGGCCCUGGAUUUCGAGCAGGAGAUGGCAACAGCUGCAUCCAGCUCUUCCCUAGAGAAAUCGUACGAGUUGCCUGACGGUCAGGUCAUCACCAUUGGAAACGAGCGCUUCCGCUGCCCCGAGUCGCUCUUCCAGCCCUCUUUCCUAGGCAUGGAGGCCUGUGGAAUACACGAGACCACCUACAACUCGAUCAUGAAGUGCGAUGUGGACAUUCGCAAGGAUCUUUACGCCAACACCGUACUGUCCGGUGGCACUACCAUGUAUCCGGGAAUUGCUGACCGCAUGCAGAAGGAGAUUACUGCGCUGGCUCCUUCCACCAUGAAGAUUAAGAUUGUCGCCCCGCCGGAACGCAAGUACUCCGUCUGGAUAGGAGGCUCUAUCCUGGCCUCGCUGUCUACUUUCCAGCAAAUGUGGAUUUCAAAGCAGGAAUACGAUGAGUCCGGCCCCUCAAUCGUCCAUCGCAAAUGCUUCUAAGUUAGAACCGGGACGGGCGUGGCCGAAAAAAACAUUAAUACUGAGAGAGCGCACAACAUUGUCUUCUUCCGCAAGAAUGCAUUCCAUCUUCUUUUAUACAACAUUUCGCACGUACGCAUCAGCUAUCCAUACUGUGUUUUAUUCCAAAUUUAAGUUUAUAACAAUUCAUAAAUGUUAUUUUCCUUACUUCAUGCAUUCCUACAUGUAUUAAAAUAAAACAUACCAUACCACUAAAUAAAAAAAUACUAAUAAAGCGAGAGAAACAACUGAGAA